GCCAGCUGCCGAUUUUUCUCUGAACCCUUACUGCUGCUGGCUCAGAGACCCAAAUAAACGGAAGUUAUGGCAGACACACAGGCAGACUCUUCUGAAAGAUCUUCGAUGUGGAAUUUAACCGUUGGGUUACAGCUGCCCUCAAUACAUCUUCAGGACUGCUAGCUGCUGUAGAGGAAUAUUUCAGCAGCUUUCUGUGUUUCUUACUGGUGUCCCGCAAUGCUCAGUGAGCAAUCUUCAGUUUGUGAGGGUCAGUUUAUGGAGCCUCAGUUGCCCUUCACUGAUUUGAUCCAGUCUCUCAUCUGAUUGGGUUAACCAGCCUUUCAUUUUGGUCUAACACAAACACUUCAUUCAGUAACCAUGGUGUCUAGACCUGGAGACCUUCCAGCCCUAGAAGCAGGUUCAGGCAUCACCGAGGGUCUCCUCGGAGGGAUGUCCAUCCCCAUUGGGAUGACCCGCCGAGCUUUCAGCUAUGACGAUAAUCUGGAGAGGCCUAUGUCUCCGCCUCCAACCAACAUUAAUAUUAACAACCUGUGGAAGAAACCUGUUAUCCCUGAAAGGAAGUUUGCACGAUUGGCUGAGGAGGAUGAAUCAGAAGGAGGGGUAAAACAAAGCGCGACCUUUGAAUCCUCUAAACCUUCAGUCCCUGUGGUGAAAGCCAAAGCCUCUUCUGUCAUGAACUCCCUCAUCAUCAAGCAGACCCAGGAGAGCAUACUCAAGUUCGAGAAGCAGGUGGGACUGACAGAUACAGGCUAUACUCCACACAAAGGUCUGACUGCUGACGAGGCCCGCUACCAUCGUUUGGCAGAGUCAAUGCAUAAACUUCAGGUGCAAAGUGUGGAUGCCAAGGAAGAGAAACAGCCCUCCUCUGGUCAGUCAACGCCCUCCGGGACCCCUCAGUCAUCACCUAAACAGAAACGCAGGGGCUGGUUCAACAGUCAAGGCUCCACUGCCUCCCUCACAGGAUCUGAAAUGAGUACCAGCUCCAGUAUAGACCUGGCAACAGGUGAUGGAGCUGUUGAGCGCUGGAGUGUUUUUGGACCUCGCCCUCAAGUCAGCAUGUCCACCACUGAUCCAGGUGGUUUUGCUCUGCAGUCCUAUAAGGGUGCUCAGAAACCAACCCCAAUGGAAGUGAUGAAGGCCCAGGCCACCCGCCUGUCCGAGGACCCCUCCAAAUUCAAAGCUCCCCCGAAGAUGGAGAUUCCCACCAUGGAGGGGAAGAGACAGACGACCCGACCUCACAAACUCAAACACCGGGACAUGAACGUGCUUACGCCCUCAGGAUUCUGAGAAGAACUCCUAAUCCUCACCUCAUCUUGUACACAUUGUGAACCUGUAGCUGGUCUAUCCUCUUUUUCUUCUGUGCUGUCAGGUUACUGCAGUUCUAAAUGCCCUACCCCCAUCAAAGAGGACAUGAUGCCCACAUUUCCUAUAGCACCAUUUUUUUUUUUUUACUGUCUAAUAAGUGUUAGCCCUCAAAAAACUUGUCGUGUGUGCAUGUAUGAUCGGACACUUGUGUUGGUGCCAUUUUUGUUGUUAGCCUCAUUCUUGCUUUGCCUUUUAAUUUAUCGUUAAAAGUGUCACAUAAUUUAGGAUGUCAAAGAGUGUGUGUGCCUUGAUGUUUUUCUGUCCUGUGGUAUGACUAAAGUUUACUUUCACAUGAACACUGAUGAUCAAAUUCAAACUGUUUUAAUGUGUUGAAUUUUACGCAGAAUGUCACGUAGUGGCAAGGUUUGCUGGAACUUGUUAACAAGCACAUUUAUUCAUUAAUGAAAUUGUGGUUUCCUUUUAACAUCAAUACACAAUGGGUUCAGUAAUAACUUAAUUUAAGUCUUAGCUGUAAUGAAUUAUGUUAAGUUUAAAGCAGCGCUUUUGAUGCGGUGGAUGGUUGACAAAUAACGAGGGCACUAAAUUGACUGAAGGCUGAAACAUUUUUGGCUGAUAUUUUAUUUAAUGUAGCCGCUCUGCAAACAGAAUUUGUUAUAUUUUUUGUUACAAGUGAAAAAAUUUGUUUCAAUUUCUCAAAAGGUUGAAUGCAUUUACUUUGAUCUUGUUGGAUCUGUCAAAACAUGAAUAAAUAAAUAUAAAAAAAUGCCA